CCGGAGAUAAAGACGAGUUCGAUAUUAUCGGUUCUUAAAUGGAGAAUGGAAUCGCAUGCAUGGAAGUUAAAUUAGUGGAGAGUUUGUACCAGAGUAAAUAAACCCCUGGAUUUUCCAUGGAUUCUAGAUGGCAGAUUCAGUUUCCAAUCCCGUAAGUUGAUAAGCGUGUUUUGCGUAUCCAGUUUUUCUUACAUCGUUCUUGACGAAUUACCGGCUUAGUGUUGCUAUGCGAAAUACACAAAAAAAUUACUCGCAUGCCAUCGUAACCUCAAACUGCGUUAUCUAACCUCACAAACCUCAAUCAAAGUUUUCCUUGGAUACUGUGUAAAAGUCCGAUUAAAAUGGCCCAUUUGCGAACUAAAGAAAUAAUACAGAAAAACUGGUUUUUAACGGAAAAGGGUCAAAAUGCUUCUCUGUUCGCUGCCACGUUUAGUACGACCGCUGUCCUGAUGGGGCACAUUCUGCCCCACACCAUUCUGCUGUCCAAGUAUAAAAACUUUGUGCGGCUUUACAGCAAAGGAAUACCGGUACCGGUGCCAGAUGUGCUGGUCAAAAGAUUUAAUAAAGCUUUGGAUUUGCUCCAGAUUGAUGAAUAUGAAAAACCCAGGUUUCAGCCCUUUAUGGCGUGUGGCUUUGAUGCAAUUAGUCUCGGAACGUAUGGCAGGUUUGGAGUGCACGUAGGAAUUCCUGUUAACUUCCAAUUUGAGAGUGAAGACUCUAUUGAUAAAUCAAACAUUUUGGUCAACCAAAAUAAGGUUGUAUGGGAAAUGGAGUCCGGAAAACAGCUACUGAAGGCUUUAGUUAUGCCAGAAGAAGCCCAGUUGUUUGCGAUGGCACGAGAAAUUAAAAUGAGGGACAGUUUGAAGUUUUUCAUCGACACAGGAUACGCGUUCUUGGCUUGUAGUUUAACGUAUCUUGGAUCCACGUUCCUCAACAAACGGUUCGAUCUGUUGAACAAGCCAAGACAAGUUAGGUUUUUGGGAUAUACAAUUAUAGCGCUGUUCAACUUAGGAAAUUACAUCAUGUGCACGGACUUGGUGCAAACUAUGUAUGAGGAAAAUGUUGACGCAGAGUUAAAGGAAUUAGAUCCGAUUUUCGCUGAGGGUGGCCGGCAGUUCUACAGCCAUAUUUUGGAAAGAAACAAAGCCCUAAGGGAUCUAAUGGGUAAAGAGGGCGAAGCCAUGUUUACAGUGUUAGGAAAUGAGAAUACUUUGAUAAGGAGCAAGCAUUUGCCAAUUGUACAGCGGCUGGAAUAUUUCCAGACCAACUUUGACAUGGAGGAUGCGGCGUAAGUAGCCAAGCGGCUAGUAGGCGAAUGAUGUAUUUAUUUUACACUUUAAUGAUACAAGUAAAUUGUUAAACGUUCGAAAGCAUUUAAAUAUAAGGGCGAUUUACUAUUCA